AUGAUUGCAGCAGGACUCUGGAGAAUUCUCAAAACUCCUAUACCCAAGGAACUCUGCAAUGUGAAAUAUAGUUCCACCUACUCAGAAAUUACAAAGGUCCAGUUUAUAAAUGGAAUUAAAAGUAUAAAAUUGCAUGAUCAAAAGACCAGAAACUCCUUAUCCAUCAUCAUGAUGGAAGAUCUUAUAAGACACAUCAACAGUGAUGGAAACAAUAAAAACCUGAGAGUCAUUGUGUUGUCUGCUGAUGGAAACAUUUUUUCUGCUGGACACAAUCUGAAAGAACUUACUCUAGAAGCUGGGAAAGCACAGCAAGAAAAGGUUUUCCAACUGGCCACACAUCUAAUGCACAGCAUUAUCAAUUGCCCUGUUCCUGUGAUAGCUCAGGUCAAUGGAUUGGCAGCUGCUGCAGGUUGUCAAUUGGUUGCACAAUGUGAUAUUGCCAUAUGUACUGAAAACAGUUCAUUUUCUACCCCUGGCUCCAACUUUGGAAUAUUUUGUUCUACUCCAGGAGUUCCUAUGGCUAGGAAAGUGCUCAGAUCUACAUCCUUGAACAUGCUCUUGACAGGACUGCCUAUAUCAGCCUCAGAAGCCAAAUCUAGUGGUUUGGUCACCACUGUCUGUCUUGCUGAAGAUCUUGAUAUGGAAGUGAACAAGACCUGUGAGGCCAUCAAAUCCAAAAGCCGAUCUGUCAUAGAAUUAGGUAAAAAGUUUUUCUAUGAGCAAAUCGAUAUGGAUAUCAAGAAAGCAUAUUAUCUUGGAGCAGCCAAGAUGUUGGAGAAUUUGGGAAUGGAAGAUGGACAGGAAGGAAUCAAAAGUUUUGUAGAAAAAAGAAAACCAAAAUGGUCACAUGGGAAUUAUUAA